GAAUGCAGACUGUUUUACACGUUUACGCUUCAUUGCUCCUGGUGACUGGUCAGCAUCUCGUGGUCAGUCAACCAUCCUACACGGGAACAUGUCAACCGAUGGCCACUUCAAUGUGUGACACGAUGCCUUACAAUAGGGCGUUCAUGCCGAACAGAUAUGGACAUACGGAGACGGAUGAAGCAGUGCUGGAAGUCCAACAGUUCUUACCGGUUGUUGAAAGCGGAUGUAGUCCUGCUCUGCGGCCAUUCUUGUGCUCUUUGUAUUUACCGUCUUGCAGCCCAAGGGGUGGCGGACUCCAGCCUUGUGCCGGCCUUUGUAGACGGGCUAGAGGGAGUUGCGAUUCAGUCAUGGAAUCUUUCGGAUAUGUUUGGCCGCGCUCUCUGGAUUGUCACAAUUUUCCAGAAAAUUAUCGAUGUUUUGACAUAGAAUGAGAUCUACAGUAUUAACGUAUACUUAUUUUGCAAUUAUAUUUCAAAUUUAGAAUUCAUAUAAAGUCACUCUCAAAAUAUUUUAAUUAGCAACGAAAGAGACCGUUAAUUUCUGGAGCCAGUUACAGUAACGGUCACAACGAGAAAGUUCUUUAACUUAUUACAAAAGAAAAUAUUCUAGUUCUUUUCAUAAAAUGAAACUACGACAUUUGCAUUCAAAUUUCCUAAAAUAUGGAAGGAUCACAUUUGGAGAAAUCGUGCCAGAGUUCAAAUAAGGAAACAUAUCUUUUCUGUACGGCUAGUAAGAUUGUAGAACAGUCUUCCAACAGAUGCAAUAUCAGCACCAUUUGUUAAUAUAUUAAAAACAAAAUUGAUAAACAUUAGGUUGAUUGGGAAAUAAGUUGUAAUUCCAGAGCUAAAAUACUAUGUUAAACAUAUUUUGUCUAGAACUUAACGUAUAUAUUUUAAUAUACAAUGUAUAUUUGUAUAUAUUUUAUGAAAUCAUAAUCGAGUCCUGUGUAGAGGAUAUUGAGAUCCUUUAUCGUAAAUCUAUACCAAAGUUGUACAGAUAUUGGAAACUAGACAUUAUUAAAAAAUAAAGACACAAAAAUCU